AUGUCGACCACUCUGAAAAUGGCCGCUCUGGGUCAGCCCUUCACUUUGGGGAUGCUCUACGACGCUCGCAAAGACGAACUCAUCCCAGGUUUCACUCUGUGGGAUAAAGUCACUCUGGAGAGCCAGACUUCUGAAAACGCCCAGAAAAGCAGUUCCUUUAAGAUCACCGCCUCGGACACCAUUGAAUCGAGGUCUUCUCUGAUGGAUAUUGAAGCUUCUUUGAGUAUGAGUUUCUUGGGGGGGUUGGUUGAAGUUGGAGGCUCUGCCAAAUACCUGAGUAACCAGAAGAAAUUCAAGAACCAGAGCAGGGUCACUUUCCAGUACAAAGCUAGCACCGUGUUUAAGCAGCUGUCGCUUCCUGCUCUCGGGCCGCUCGACAGCCAACAGAAGCAAGUGAUUGAGAGCAGCAAGGCCACCCAUUUGGUCACGGGUAUCCUCUACGGGGCAAAUGCCGUCUUUGUGUUUGAUAGUCAGAAGGUGGACGCUAGCAGCGUUCAAGACAUCCAGGGUAGCAUGCAAGCUGUGAUCAAGAAGAUUCCCUCGUUUGAAAUUUCAGGAAAUGCAAGUGUCCAGCUGACCGAAGAAGAGAAAAAGCUGACAAACAAGUUCGGCUGCACAUUCUACGGAGACCUCAUUCUCGAUUCCAACCCGGCCACUUUUGUCCAGGCGGUAGAAGCCUACUGCGAGAUUCCAAAACUCAUAGCCGAUCCGCAGAAUAGUGCUCCCCUGAACAUCUGGCUGUAUCCUCUGAACCAGCUGCACGACAACGCUGCGAAGCUGGUCAAGGACCUCAGCACCGGACUGGCCAGGAAAAUCCAUGUGGCCAUAGAAGAUGAAAACCAAAUCAAAAUGAGAUGCAACGACAGUUUGACCAGCAUCACGGUCAGACAGAUCCCAGUCAUCUACAAAAACCUGAGCAGUUUCAAACAACUUGGCACUUUUUACAAAGCGUCCCUCAAACAGAAUCUGGCCAAGAACCUCCCCUCCAUCCGCGCCGGCACAGCCGACGAGAGCGCUUUGAAUACGUUUUUAAACGCUCGAGAGAAUUCUCCAUUCGCCCGGCAGCACCUGACCAAGUGGUUGGACACCAAGGAACGAGCCAUCAACGUGGUCGAGUCCUGCAUUAACGUGAUGCUGACCGACACCACCGCUCGGGUGGUGCGCAAUCAGUCCGAACUGGACCGAGUGGUGCUCACUCCGGGAGUCACCGAUGUCAUCUGCUAUGUUUUCACCGACUUGGACACCAAAGACCUCUUCCUGGAAUCCAUGGGUAAAUACCUGGACACAUUCCAGACUGGGAACGUGAGUGACGUAUCAGCGUCUUUCCCCCAUGAUGUCGUCGUCAAAAUGAGAGAGAAGGCCCAAGAGUUUGCCAAAUUUGCCAAACUUCUCAAGCGUAGCACCAGCGCCAAGUUCCUGAUCGUGGCUUUGCCAAAUAACAAAUACAAGGGAGCGACCAUCUAUCAUUACAAAGAUUACAAACGGAUCUCCGACAACUUCUCGCAGCCAUCCAUGCCACCGGUGGGGAGCAUCACAGACAGAAAGGAUGUCAUCUGGUAUACGACUGACCUCACGCUGGACCAGAAUACCGUCAGCAACAAUCUCAGUCUGACAGAUGGAAACAAGAAAGCCACGUUUGGCAUCACCCAGCACUAUGCGAAAAACAGCUCCAGGUUUCAAGAUUUCGAUCAUGUUCUAUGCAAUGAGCAGCUAAGCGGUCGUCAUUAUUGGGAGGUGGAGUGGAGGGGUCACGUUUGUUUGGCCGUCGCGUAUACGUCAACGCCAAAGACCUCCGACGAAGUUGGCUAUUACAAACAGGAGUUCACAGAUUUCAAAUCUUCCUGGGGAAUAAGCGCGGGGGAUUCCUACUUGAUAGAAAUGCAAAAAAGCUACAGGUUGCUUGAUAUAAACUGGAGCCUUUACGGUCUGUCUAUUAACAAGCUUGGAGUGUUUCUGGAUUAUCCCGGCGGUACUUUGUCCUUCUAUAGUAUCGCCGGAGAAAAGCUGAAACACCUCCGUACUAUCUCACACCAGUUUGAUCAACCGCUCUACGCCGGUUUUGGGAUUAGGGAUAAACAGAAUUAUAUUCACUUGACGUUGUAGCACG